AUGGCACGGAAGGGCUCCACUCAAUGCUUCACUGCCCCCCUACAGCAGCAUCAGGUGGGGGCCCCGAUGGAGAGAGUGGGAGGAGACGUCCUAGAGCCUUCCCCCGUCCCCGAGGCAGAGAACCGGUUGCGCCAGGACAGGCUCUCACCGUACUGCCCGCCCGCUCCAGCAGCCGCCAGGACAGGGGAUGCUGGUGGCACCCCAGGUUCUCAUCCAAGUGACUCUUCCCCUGCUGGUCGAGAUCGGCCUGCGCGCCGAAGGAAGACACAUGGACAGUUGCAUGACUUUGUGUUGGCGGAGUCUCAGGUGGUUGGUCCACAUCAACCAGUAGUUGCAUUAGUUGAUGAUGAUGUUAUUUUACCAUGUCACGUGGAGCCUGCAGAGGAUGUGACAGCUGAGAUAUUGGAGUGGACAAGAUCUGACUUGGACCCAAGAUUUGUUCAUGUGUGGCGAUCCGGUCAGGAUGUUGUGAAUGCAAGAAAUCCUUCAUACAGGGGAAGAACAUCACUGUUCAUCAAUGAACUGAAGCGCGGAAACAUUUCACUCAAACUCUCCAGAGUAAAACUCUCUGAUAAAGGAACAUAUGAAUGUCAAAUUCCUUUAAUGGGGAAAAAAUCUGUAGUUGAACUUGUGGUUGGUGCUUCCACCUCACCUGUCAUCAGAUUAUCAGGGAUUGACAAAAGCAGAGGAGUGGUGUUACAGUGUGAGUCUGCAGGCUGGUAUCCAGAGCCUGAGCUUCUGUGGUUGGACGGUGAGGGAAACCUCCUCUCUGCUGGACCUACAGAGACCCUCAGAGGUCCUGAUGACCUCUAUACUGUCAGCAGCAGAGUGACUGUGGAGAAGAGACACAGCAACAACAUCACCUGCAGAGUCCAACAGAGGAACACCAACCAGAGCAGAGAGACACACAUACAUGUUCCAGGGUCGCAGGGGGUGCUGCAGCCUAUCCCAGCUGUCUUAGGGUGA